UCUCUAACUGCAAUGGCUGGACAGGUCGGAGCUCUCGUAGGGACAAAAUGGCUUGCAGAAGCAAUUAAAAGUAACCGCAUUGGGCCAAGUUUGAGGGUCUUAGAUACAUCGUGGUACUUGCCAAAACUGAACCGCAACGCUAAAGAUGAGUUUAAACAAAAACACAUUCCGGGCGCCUCGUUUUUUGAUAUCGACGAAUGCAGCGACAAAACCUCAGCCUUCGAUCAUAUGUUACCAUCUGAAAACGAGUUUGCAGAAUAUGUAGGUAAUUUAGGAAUAGGGCAAAAUACGCAUGUAGUAGUUUACGACACCAGUGAUUUCGGGUCUUAUUCAGCACCGCGGGUGUGGUGGAUGUUCCGGUUAUUUGGACACAAUUCAGUAUCGGUGCUGGACGGGGGAUUUAAGAACUGGCUGCGGGAGGGUCACCCGGUCACCGACCAGUGCUCGGAGCCGGGACGUGCCGACUUCAAGGCGUCAAUCAACCGGUCGUGGGUAAAGACGUAUGAGGACAUUCUGGCAAAUCUGGAAACGAAAGAGUUUCAGGUAGUCGACGCCAGAUCUGCGGGGAGGUUCCGUGGAACAGAGCCAGAACCGAGAGAGGGUACAGAGCCCGGCCACAUUCCAGCCACAGUCAACAUGCCUUUCACCAGUUUCAUGGACCAGUCUGGACUGGAGCUGCCCACAGAGGAGUUACAGCAGCUGUUCCAGAGGGCAGGUGUGGACCUACAGCGCCCUCUUUGGGCCACCUGUGGUUCAGGUGUGACCGCCUGCCAUGUGGCUCUAGCUGCUCACCUGUGUGGCCACCCAGGUGUGUGUGUUUAUGAUGGCUCAUGGUCGGAGUGGUAUGCCAGGGCCUCUCCAGAACUCGUCAUCUCCGAAGGCAAAGGGAAGAGAGAGUAAAACAAGUCGAUACACUAAAGUUACUUAGAGAUGAACUACGUUACCUAUAACACAAUGCAGCAAUGAAUUAAUCUUUAAUGAACAAAACAGUGUUCAGAACACACAGAGAGUGUUACUGUCCCUGUUGCAAAGUUAGACUGAAUUAACUGAAUGUAUUAAGUGGAUUAGACCUGUGGCUGACAGAGCAAUUGGGAGGAAAAUGUAGUUUUAUACUUUUGUCCGUAAAGAUGAAAAGAUUAGUCACACAUUUACAGUAAUGCCUUAAUGUGAAACUGGAGGCUGAAGCCUGGUAACUAUCUCAGUGUUUUGCAGAAUAAGUUCUGUGCACAGUGGUCUCUGGGUACAUGUCAGUAUCAUAGACCAUAUGGAUCAUGUGCCACUGCGGGGACACACACAGGGACACACACACGGGGACACACACGGGGACACACACGGGGACAU